CACUCGUCCUUGUGACAGCCUGGGCAUCGCAGUCAACAAGGACCAGCUAUUCUACUCCACCACUCCACAUCUGAUAUCAUUCCUAGCUUUCUGCCGAACAAAGCUCCAGAUUCACUCACAUUGACGUCGGUCGCAGUCACAGAACGCACUACAAAGAUCUUCCAAGUCGAGAUCGUUCCUGGAUUAGUCCAAACACGAGCAGCAAAAUGUCUAGCGAAGGAGGAGCCGUCGGCAAAGAGUCCAUCAACACUGAGAUCAUCACGCUCUCUAGAUAUCUCAGUGAAGAGCAGACAAAGCACAAGGAGGCUACAGGAGAUUUCACCCUUCUCUGCCAUGCGCUUCAAUUCUCGUUCAAGUCGAUAGCAUACUACAUUCGACGAGCAUCUUUGAUCAAUCUCUCCGGCCUAGCAGGUUCUUCGAACACCACCGGAGAUGACCAGAAAAAGCUAGAUGUGAUUGGCAAUGACAUCUUCAUAGCUGCUAUGCGCUCGAGCGGCCGUGUUCGUGUGCUUGUUUCGGAAGAGGAAGAAGAGGCUAUCAUCUUUGAUCAGAACCCACACGCUCGAUAUGCCAUCGCAUGCGAUCCGAUCGAUGGAAGCAGCAAUUUGGAUGCAGGUGUGUCAGUGGGAACAAUCUUCGGCAUUUACAGACUUGCAGAAGGAGCGAAGGGUAGCAAGGAGGAUUUGCUGGUGCCUGGAAGCGAUCUCGUGGCUGCCGGUUUCACCAUGUAUGGUGCUUCAGCACAGCUGGUGAUGACCAUGAAGGACGGCCCGGUGAAUGGCUUCACCAUGGACAAUGCCCUUGGUGAAUUCAUCCUUACGCAUCCUGACAUGAAAAUUCCCAAGAAGCGGGCCAUCUACAGCUGUAACGAGGGUAACAGCAAGUACUGGGAAGAACCCGUCAAGGAGUGGGUUGAAAGCCUCAAGAGUGCCGAGAAACCAUACUCUGCAAGAUACAUUGGAUCCAUGGUGGCUGAUGCCUACCGGACAUUGCUCUACGGCGGCAUCUUCGCGUAUCCAGCCGACAAGAAGUCGCCAAAGGGCAAGCUGCGAAUCUUGUACGAGUGCGGUCCCAUGGCUAUGGUAUUUGAAAAUGCUGGCGGUCAAGCAGUCGACAGCAAGAUGCGUCGCAUGGUGACGGUAGUGCCAGAGCAUAUCCAUGAUCGGAGUGGAAUUUUCCUGGGAAGUUAUGAUGAGGUGCAAAAGGUGAUAGAUAUCCACAAGAAGCACGGCAUCACCGCGGCGUGAGCGAGCCGAGGAGAGAGCGGGGGACGGCUGUAAGGACAAUUGAAAGAAUGGAUGGAUGGUGUGCUGCUGGUAUGAGACGCAGAGGUUGAGAUUCAGGACAGCAUGAUUCGUUGGGGAUAUGCAGGUGCAGCGUAGGAGCAAAUGACGCCGAACGCGCGUUGACCGCG